CCAGGCUCUGCCACACCCCACCCACCCAACACAAAACGUUUCCAACCAACACCUCUCCUCAUCUCUCUACAUCUCUAAAAUCUAAUUCAACCACCCACCAAAAGUCCUAGCCAACAUGCUCGUUUUUGAGGACGUCCUUACCGGCGACGAGAUGCUCUCGGACGCGUACGACAUCAAGACUGUCGACGACGUUGUCUACGAGGUCGACUGCCAGAUGAUCAUCGUCAAGGAGGGUGACGUCGACAUUGGCGCCAACCCCUCGGCUGAGGAGGCUGAGGAGGCUCUUGAGGCCGGUGCCGAGCAGGUCAACAACGUUGUCCACUCGUUCCGCCUCCAGUCCACCCAGUUCGACAAGAAGUCGUACCUCACCUACCUCAAGGGCUACAUGAAGGCCGUCAAGGCCAAGCUCGAGACCACCAAGCCCGAGCGCGUUCCCGUCUUCGAGAAGGCCGCUGCCGCCUUCGCCAAGAAGAUUGUCACCAACUUCAAGGACUACGAGUUCUACACCGGCGAGUCGAUGGACACCGAGGGCAUGGUCGCUCUCCUCAACUACCGCGAGGACGGCAUCACCCCCUACCUUACCUUCUGGAAGGACGGCCUCCGCGAGGUUAAGAUCUAAUCUCAAUCGUCUCGUUGUUGUCUAGGGUGUUCAUCACGUCGCGCGGGAUGCUAUACACUGUGCGAUGAGGUUGUCUGGAGGCGUUUCUGAGGCAAGGGGAGGCAGUGAGGCUGCAGGGGGCUGCGGAAGCUCCAGGAGACCGACGGUGUGAUCAUUCGUCGCUCGGUUAUGGUGCUGCGCUCCGCUUGUAGUCAGAAAUGUUGAGGACCUCCUGCGUGUCAGAUUUAAU